AUGCGAUCAAAACACAACAAGCGUGGUCUAUUUGACAUUGUUGCUAUUGCCACUGUUGCGUUAGGAAUCAUUUUCCUUAUCGUAAAGGCAGAAGACAAAUGUUCUUCCCCACAAUCCUCCCGCAUUGCUAAUAUCAAGUUGUUUGAGAACAAGAAAUGCAAAGAUUUGAAAUCAAAGAAAGGCCUGUCUGACAUUGCCGCUAAUGCUGAUAUUAUCAUAGUUGGAGCAGGUGUUGCUGGGUCUGCUCUUGCUUACACUCUUGGCAAGGACGGACGGAGAGUGCAUGUGAUUGAAAGGGACCUGACUCUGCCUGACAGAAUUGUUGGAGAACUUCUGCAACCUGGGGGUUACCUGAAAUUAAUUGAGUUGGGCCUUGAAGAUUGUGUAGAAGAAAUUGAUGCUCAACAUGUAUUUGGAUAUGCUCUUUACAAAAAUGGGAGAAGUACUAAACUAUCAUAUCCCUUGAAAAGAUCAGAUCCAGAUGUGGCUGGAAGAAGUUUUCACAAUGGACGUUUCAUUAAAAAAAUGCGUGAAAAAGCUGCAACUUUACCCAAUGUAAGACUGGAGGAAGGGACAGUAACAUCCCUACUAGAAGUAAAGGGGACAAUCAAGGGCGUGCAAUACAAAACUAAAAUUGGUCAACAACUUACCGCUUGUGCUCCACUUACAAUAGUAUGCGAUGGUUGUUUUUCAAAUUUGCGACGGUCUCUCUGUAAUCCUGAGGUUGAUAUCCCCUCCUGUUUUGUGGCGUUGAUCUUAGAGAAUUCUGGCCAAAAUCUACCGUCCAUUUCAAAUGGUGAAAUGGCCAAAUACUUGAAAACUGUGGUGGCUCCCCAGAUUCCCCAAAAGCUACGUGAUGCAUUUGUUUUUGCAAUUAACAAAGAAAACAUAAGAACGAUGCCUAAUAGAAGCAUGCCUGCUGCUCCUCAUCCCACUCCAGGUGCUCUUUUGUUAGGGGAUGCAUUUAACAUGAGACAUCCUUUAACAGGAGGAGGAAUGACUGUUGCCCUAUCUGAUAUAGUCGUAUUAAGGAAUCUUCUAAGGCCUUUGCAUGAUCUGAGCGAUGCAUUUUCCCUUUGCAAGUAUCUUGAAUCCUUCUACACACUACGCAAACCUGUGGCAUCUACUAUAAAUACUCUGGCUGGAGCCUUAUACAAAGUAUUCAGUGCAUCAACUGAUCCUGCAAGGAAUGAAAUGCGUCAAGCAUGUUUUGACUAUUUGAGCCUUGGAGGUGUAUUUUCAAAUGGACCUAUCGCUUUACUCUCUGGACUAAAUCCUCGUCCGUUGAAUUUGGUUCUCCAUUUUUUUGCUGUGGCUAUCUUUGGUGUUGGCCGCUUAAUAGUUCCAUUUCCAUCAAUUCCACGCUUUUUGAUUGGGGCUAGAAUGAUCUCGGUUGCAUCAAGAAUCAUUUUUCCCAUCAUAAAGGCAGAAGGAGUUCGACAAAUGUUCUUCCCUAUAACCCUAACACAUUGA